UGCUUAGGAGGAGGAAACAAAUCCCGCGCCGCGAGCCGCUUGGAGAAUAUUUGGAUGAUGUGAGUGGGUAGAGAGAGAUGGCUCUUCGGCUCGCUCUCGAGUCGCUCAGCCAAUCUGGUCGAUAUUUCUUGCAAGGUUCUCGAGAUCUUCCUCUGGCGAAUGAUUCUGAUGAUGGAAGUUUGCACAGUAAAGGCGCCAUGAAACGGUCAAUUAGGGCAGAAGUGAAAAUAUUUACAAAAAUCCCAUCUCCCCUCGCCUGGGUCUUCGCGGCCAAGCCAAGCGGCGGGCUCCUGUCGGUCUUGGCGGGUUUAAAAGCCCAGCAAGCCCGUUGCCCGCCGGCGAACGGGAUCUCUCGCCCGAGCUCCUCAACAAGCUUCCUUUCAGAACUCUUGUCACCGACUUGUCCACCACGCGGCUCUAGUCAAACUUCACCAAACCCACGGAUUGCUGGAUGGAUGCCUAUGAUCGCCGACUGA